CUGCAGAGAACAGAGCAGGCAUGUGACUGACUCACCUGCUGAGACAAGGAAGAAGGGAAUAAUUUGCUCAGUCCGUCUUCAAUCAGUCAACUAGUAGAGUAGGAGACUCAGUGAGUCAAUUGUGCAUCAGUGAUUCAGAGAUUCAGUGAAUCAGAACCUGUAUGUACUGUAGGUCAGACAUUUGGCAGGUCAUUUGAAUCAGGUGAUUCAAACAGAGAUUGAGCGAACCAGGUGACCAGGUGAUUCAGAUAGAGACAAGGUGAGCAGUUGAACCAGUUGAAGCAGGAACCAGGUGAACCAGUACCAGUAUGUCCAGUGUGGUCCAGUUCUCUCUGCUGCUGGUCCUCCUUCUAGCUGUGCCGGGUCAGGACUGUGCUACUGCCCGGGUCCAGAGGGAGACAAGGUCCAGGGCCAGGUCAGGCUGUGUGAAGGACGGGUUCUCUCGCUGUGUGGACCUGGCCAAACUGCAGCAACUGAUCCAGGACGUCCAGAACGGCUUCAAAAUCACGUCUCAUGAUGAGAGGAUCCUGCUAAAGACAGUCACCUUUGACAAGAUCAAGAAGCACAAGAAGUACCACGGUUGUGUCCUGCUCAAAAUCGUGGACUUUUAUCACGAAGUUCUCCAGAGACAAGACGGAGAUUAUACUGACCUGUGGGGCCUGUUGGAUGAAGUGAAGGACUGUGUUCCCAGAAUGAAGAAGAUCUGUGAAAAGCUGUACCAGGAUGCUGCUGGGAAGCCGGUGAAUGAGUCCAAGAUAGAGGAAGACAUGGAGCUGCUGUCGAAGGACGCAGCCAUUCUGCAGCUGCAGAGACUGAAGGCAGCCAGCAGAAAGGUGGUUGAGCUGUCCGAGAGGGCGACUCUGGACAAGGCCAUGGGAGAGCUACCGGGUCUGGAUGAUUACAUCCAGGGGAAGGGCCUCCGCAGGAGCUGAGGAAGUAAUCAGACCGGCAGUGACUACGCACACACAGCCCUGCGUUACCGUGACUACGCACACACAGCCCUGCAUUACCGUGACUACGCACACACAGCCCUGCGUUACCGUGACUACGUAGACACAGCCCUGCGUUACCGUGACUACGCACACGCAGCCCUGCGUUGCCGUGACUACGCACACGCAGCCCUGCGUUACCGUGACUAUGCACACACAGCCCUGCGUUACCGUGACUACGUACACGCAGCCCUGCGUUACCUUGACUACGUACACGCAGCCUUGCGUUUACCGUCUUUUUUGAUAUCACAUUUACUGGCUUUACUCUCUCUAGCUCUCUCUGCUUGUAGCCAUAUUCCCUUAGACAUGUUCUGACAUCGCAACGAGAAAAACGUGUUUGUGGUUUUGUGACCACGUUGUUUAUCUACUUCUUCAACUGCCUUGGAUUACUGUCAACAUGUUGAUUGACUUUUAAUUUUGAACUUGUCCAAUACUCAGUUGGGGAGAAUGUUUGCUUCCUCUGUUUUCUGCUGGUACUACAUGUUCUGUUUUCUGCUGGUACUGCAUGUUCUGUUUUCUGCUGGUACUGCAUGUUCUGUUUCUGCUGGUACUGCAUGUUCUUGUGUACUGUGUAUAUACCAUAUGCUUCUCUGGAGCGAUACUCUCCUACAGGACUAUAUUACUUUAUUUUGAAGUAAGCCAGAGCACAUAGAGAACGUGUUUUCUCCAGAUAUCUGUACUUUCAGUGAAAGGUCUAAUCUGAGACAGUGAAUGCAGGCAUUCGACUAUAGAUUUAUCACGCCAGCAUAUCAAUGGAUGUUGUUGUUUUUUUCUAUGAAAACCCUGUCUGUAAAAACACACUGAGGCCCAUGAAUGUAUUACGUCUGCAUUUGAACCUGUGCAUCAAUAAAAGAGACACCUGCAACACCUGAUUCAGUACCCUAGAACCCAGUGGAAAAACCCUCUCCUGUGUACCUGUGUGCAGAGAGGGAGAGACUGGGAAGGAGGUUGGA